AUGUCUACGGUGACCCGCGCCUACCACGACCAGAGGCUCGCCGCCGGCAGGGGCUGCUCCAAAGAGGCUGCCAUGGCGGGUUCCAAGGCCGCGGCCGUCGCCAUCGUCGCUGCCGUAGUGCCCACACUGGCGAGCGUGAGGAUGCUUCCGUGGGUCAAAGCACACCUCAAUCCCACCGGCCAGGUGCUCGUCAUCUCGACCGUUGCCGGGAUGGCCUACUUCAUCGUCGCCGACAAGACCAUCCUUUCCAUGGCAAGGAAUAACUCCUUCGAGGACGCGCCGGACCACCUCAAGAACACCUCCUUCCAGUAA